AUGCUGCGUAUCAGCCUUCUUCAAUUGCUUUUUGUGACACUGCUCGGUCUGUCUGCAGUUUUCGCAGCAGACGCUGUGCAGGGGACCUCGCAACGUGAGUCUCCCCAAGAAAUUGCCGACACCAAUGCAGCCUCGCUUCAUGGUGCUCUGCAUGCUCUCUCCGCCAAAUUCCGUCAUGGAAUCUUCCCGACUGACCUUGAUGCCGCCGAAGCUCUGCAAGGUGAAGAACCCACCAUUGCCAGCCUGAUCAAGCUUGCCAAGCGCCAGGACAAUGCUACUGCUAGCUCUGCGGCCCCGGUUCCUACUGUGACUACUGCCACCGAGCCAACUUCUGAGCCGGCCACCUCCUCGGCUGUUGAGACUAGUGAGACCAGCUCCGAGUCUAGUGUCGAGCCCACUACCAGCGCUCAGCCCACCGAAACCUCGGCUAGCUCUACUAGUGAUACCAGUGCCAGCUCUACCAGCUCUGCAUCUGUUCCCACCGAGACCUCCAGCACGGUCUCGACCCAGACCACUCCUCAGCCGACCACUGCUACUACUACGUCCGAGACCACCCCGACCACUAAAUCGGAGACCACCAGUGUUCCUUCGACUCUGUCGACUACCAGGAGCACUUCGUCCACCUCUACCUCAACAACCACCAAUAAAACAACUACCUCUGCCCGUACCACUGAGCACACCGGCCUGACUACUUCGACCUCCAAGAGCACGACCACCAUGCCCGAUGGCAGCCAGAGCACCAUCACCUCCAUUACGGUCAUCACUCCAGAGGCAACCGGCAAACCCUCGGGUACCGCUGCUGGCAAGCCCGGUCUGCAGACCAACGCCGCCGCCCUGCCUACUGGUAUGGCUCGCGAGAUUGUCGCCAUGUUUGGUGGCGCCGUCGUGGUCGCAAUGGCUCUGUAA